UCCGCCCAGCGCCGAGCGAGGGGCGACGCCACGAGGUAAAACCGAGAAGGUGCAGGAGGUGGACUCGGUCUAGGCCCACGGGUCCGGCAGAAACCGAGGCUCUGAGCCUUGGCGGGCGAGGGAAUGGCGGAGGAGCAGAAGCAUUGUAGCGUGGAAUCAGAUCCCGGCUACGAGGCAGCGGCGACUGCCCAACCUACGAUGCCUUCAUCGAAGACCGCCGAGGUGGCCCCAGAGUCGUCGGAGCCCGAAGACUACAAUAGCAAGUGCGUGUUCUGCCGGAUUGCCGGGCGGCAGGAACCGGGCACGGAACUCCUGUAUUGUGAGAAUGAAGACCUAGUUUGCUUCAAAGAUAUCAAACCAGCAGCACCUCAUCACUAUCUUGUGGUGCCAAAAAAGCAUAUUGGAAACUGCAGAGAUCUAAAGAAAGAGCAAAUAGACCUUGUUGAGAACAUGGUUACUGUUGGAAAAACCAUUCUUGAAAAGAAUAAUUUCACUGACUUCAAAAAUGUGAGGAUGGGUUUCCAUGUGCCGCCAUUCUGUUCCAUUUCCCACUUGCACCUCCAUGUUCUGGCACCAGUCGAUCAAUUUGGCUUCUUUUCAAAAUGGGUUUAUAGAGCGAAUUCCUACUGGUUUAUCACAGCUGAUUAUUUGAUUGAAAAGCUAAGAACAUGAAAAUGACAACAGUGGAAGAUUUUCUUAAUCUUGGCUCAACAGAAACUAAUAUUUCGGUUCCUUUUAAUUUAAAUUACAAUGGUAAGGUUUGUUGGGUUUUAUAAAAGGCUAUUAUUACUGGGCAGCCUUAAAUCUUUUCUGAAUGUCAGUUUCCUGGGAUCUGUGAUAUAGUUAUAUGAAUACUUUGUCACUGAAUUCUUUAUUGGUUUCUUGUCUGAGGUUUAAUAUACUAUAGAUAAAAUCCCAUUAAAAUAAAUGCUGUUAAUCAGGAAGGAUGCUGUAUUAAACAUUUUUUCAAAUAUUUUCAUUUCUCACUAUAGUCAAUUAUAAUAAUGAUAUAUUAUGAAGAAUAAACAGGCAUAGAAAAUACUUUGUUGGAGUCUUGAUUACUAUGGAAGAGAAAAAGAAAUUCACUACCUCUUGAAAGUUCCAUAAUUCUGCACAUAAAAUUUCAAAAUAAAGAAUACCAUAUUACACAGUAAUCUCUGAUCUUGAUGGAAAGAAUUUGUGUAUCUGUCACAUCUGUCACUUUUUACUCAGAUUUCAGAUACUGGUUUUCAGUUCUUGAAGCCUAGCAUCUGUGUAAUAAAUUAGUCCUGAAAGAGAUAUAAUAUAUAUAAUAAUUUCUAACAGUGGCUUUGCAAUACCAAUCAAUUUGGCUAUCCAAGGGCAUUCACUAUAAUUGAAUUUUAUCUGUAAGAACAUGUGUGGGGAAGAAACAUGAAAUGGUUAUAUUAAUUUAUUAAAAGUAGCAGAAACUGUUACUUUAUGGCUUGUUUAUUGUACCAAAGGAAAAUUAGAAUAAAAAAUGAUUGGAUCUAGCUUUUAUCAAGAAAACAUCCUGAUUUGAAAGUAGAGAUAGACAGUCUUGGAUGAGAAAAUUUAUUUUAAUAACAGUGUUAAUUUUAUUGAUAUAUCAUUUUAUGGGGCAUAUUUCUUUAGGAAUUGUCUUUUGUUGCUAAUCUAGACGAAUUAUGUCACUAUAUGAUAAAAAGGAGGCUCUGAGAGCUAAUCCGGCAUUGUGCCAGUGUCUAAUAUAGUACUGUGUAUAUGAAUAUAACUGAACAUGAGGAUUAAAGUAUUGAUGUUAGAAAUCGGCUAAGAUGAUUAGUUUUUUUUCUUAUAUUUUACAUUAUAUUAAACAUAGUUUUAAGUUAUGAAACACUAAUUACGAUGUUUAGUGACAACAUCUGGAAUGAAUGUUUGGUUCAUUCUUUAUUUAUUCAGUCGGUGUUUGCUGAGCAUUUAUUGAAAUGCUCAACAAGAAUCAGACAAAAUUAACGAUUACAGUUGACUGUGUUAAGUGCUAUAAUGUCUGCAGAGGAGGCUGUGGAGAGGGAAACACUGUUGAGAGUAGGUGGCAGUAGAAUUGAGUAUUUAAGACUCAGUGUUAGGUAGACAGUGGAACUUUAGAUCAAGAGACUCAAAUAUACUUUCCUUGUGUUCUGCUUCCAUUAUUAUUUACUUUACAAUUAAUAUGAAUGCCCAAAUUCCAUUUUAUUUACUGGAAGUGGAAAGAAGGAUUUGGGAGUAGUGGUGUGGACUCUCAAAAUUGGAUUUACAAGUUAACGCUUAGCUGCUUUGUUAUGUAGCUUGCUGAGCACCUACAUAGAUUAGCAGCUACAAAUUUAUAUAAAUCAGUUCAAAUAUGACCAGAUGUAGAAAAGGAAUAUUCAACAUGUGCACCAUGUUGUACUAUGUGAACUUGCAAUGAUAUUAUUGACAAUAUUAUGAUAGUAACACGCAGUAUUUAAGGAAUUUUCAAUCCCUUCUAAAUCUUUUUGAAAAAAGUGAUUAGCCAGUUGAUUUAAUUGAUAAGUUUAUACUCUCUCACAGUAAGUUUUUCUUCUUUGUUGGAAAACCUUUGAAACUUCACAGUUUUAAUGGCAGUUCUACUUGUAAAGGUUAAUACUCAAAUUAUUGCAAUUAAAAUUCACUCAGCCUUCUCAGUAGUUUAUGAAUUUGGUAACUAUAGCUAUCUAUAACAUUAGUUCAACACAAAGCUAAUUUAAAAGCUGUCUUAAGCCCUGGCUUGGUGGCUCAGUUGGAUGGAGAGUUGUCCUGUGCACCAAAAGGUUGCCAGUUCGAUUCCCAUUCAGGGUACAUACCUGUGUGGCAGGUUCAUCCCCUAGUGAGGGUGGAUAUGGGAGAUUACUGACUAAUGCUUCUAUCUCACAUCAGUGUUUCUCUUUCUCUCUCUGUCUUUCCCUCUCUCUCUCCCUAAAAUAAAUAGACAUAUUUUUGGGUGAGGAUUAAAAGAAAAACAAAAACAAAAAACACUUGUCUUAAAAAUGUUUAAAGUAGUGUCAAAAGCAUUUUUUAUGCAUGUUGUCAUACUUUUUGUUUGUAAUUGAAGAAUUGUAAAAUUAUUAAUAAUGAGCUAUUUCAAACUACUUAGCUAAGAGAAAGUUAAAUAAAUGUGGAAAAAAUACUGUGUCCAAUUUUGCAUAUCUGAACUUUUUGUUUGCUUUUAAAGACUUUAGUUUUUUAGAAUGGUUUUAGAUUCACAGCAGCAUUGAGACGAAGAUACAGAGAUUCCCUAUAUACCCCCUAUCACUACGCGUGCAUAGCCUCUCCCACUAUUAACAU